AUGGAUUACUUCACUAAGUGGCCAGAAGUCUUCGCCAUUCCAAAUCAAGAAGCUUCAACCGUUGCAGAUAAACUAGUUCAUGAAGUCUUUUGUCGUUUUGGAGUACCUUUAGAGAUUCACAGCGAUCAAGGAAGGAAUUUUGAGUCUCAAAUAUUCCAGGAAACUUGCCGAGUUAUGGGUCCUCAGAAAACACGAACAACUUCUUACCACCCACAAUCUGAUGGAAUGGUAGAAAGAUUUAGUCAGACAUUGGAGAGGUACCUAGAAAAAGUUGUGGAAAAACGGCAACGAGCCUGGGACAGGCACAUACAACCGUUUUUGUUGUCAUAUCGAAGCGCUGUUCAUGAAAGUACAUCAGUGACACCAGCUUUCGUAAACUUUGGGGGAGAAUUACGGCUGCCUGCAGACCUGAUCACCGGAAUACCACCUGAUGCCCCACGCAGUAUAACCGAUUAUGCAAAUGACUUGCGGAACAAAAUGAAUGACAUUUAUGAGCACGUCAGACAGACGGGCCAGCAAACGUCUAAGAAGAUGAAAACACGGUAUGACCGCAAAAUGAACAACAAGGGGUUUGAUGAAGGUUCACUAGUGUGGUUACACAAUCCAGUUCGCAGCAAAGUGAAAUCUCCUAAGCUUCAAGCUAAAUGGGACGGAUCGUACUGGAUUGUGACAAGGAUCAAUGACGUAACCUACCGGAUACAGAAAGGUGUCAGAGGUACUCCUAAGAUUGUCCAUGUGGAUCGACUGGCGCGUUAUUAUGGGGCCAAUAAUGCUCGGGACGAGCAUGUCUUAGGAGGGGGCAGUGUUACGCGCCACUAUUAA